AUGGCUCCUUGGAGCAUACCCUCCGACCCUACACAAAACCGUUCUAUGGGGUCGAUUGACCUGGAGAAUCAGACUGCUGGUAACCAACAGCCUCAGCGCGACGUGUCAGCUUUCAAAGCUUUGAGCUUCCUUGACCGUUACCUGGCCGUCUGUAUUUUACUUGCCACGAUCAUUGGUAUCCUCUUGGGUAACUUCGUCCCCGAUACUGGUCCAGCCUUACAGAAAGGCAAAUUCAUCGGCGUGUCAAUACCAAUUGCCGUCGGUUUACUUGUGCUGAUGUAUCCCAUUUUGUGCAAAGUGCGCUACGAAUCGCUUCACGAGGUGCUCUCUCAUCGCGCAAUAUGGAAGCAGAUAUGUUUUAGUAUAUUCGUGGAUUGGGUCAUUGCUCCGUUUCUCAUGCUUGCUCUCGCUUGGGCUUUGCUUCCCGAUAAGAGUGAUCUACGUGUCGGGCUUAUUCUAGUGGGACUUGGUAGAUGUAUCGCCAUGGUUCUAAUUUGGAACGGCCUUGCCGGCGGCGACAGCGAAUAUUGCGCGAUCCUCGUUGCCAUAAACUCUCUUCUUCAGAUGGUCCUCGGCGAGAAUGGGACAGUAGACGUUUCAUACCAAGUUGUUGCCACCAGCGUUGCUGUCUUCUUAGGCAUUCCACUCGCGGCUGCAAUUGUGACGCGCUUUGCGCUGCGGGCUACAGCGGGCCCCGCCUGGUACGAACGUGUCUUUCUACGAUUUGCAUCACCUUGGGCCCUGGUUGGCUUGCUCUAUACCGUUCUUGUGUUAUUCGCAUCCCAGGGUCGCCAAGUGGUACAACAAAUCGUUUCAGUUGUCCGUGUUGCCGCACCACUCGUGGUGUACUUUAUUGUAAUUUUCUGUAUCACCCUUUACGUAGCACGAUCACUAGGCUUUAGCUACUCCCGUUCUACUACGCAAAGCUUCACUACCGCAAGCAACAAUUUCGAACUUGCGAUAGCUGUGGCUGUCGCUACGUUCGCACCCCAGAGCAACCAAGCCCUUGCGGCUACCGUUGGUCCGCUGAUCGAGGUGCCUGUCCUGCUUGGUUUAGUGUACGUUGUUCGCUGGAUGGCAAAUCGAUGGGCCUGGAAAUAG